AUGCCUCGUGUCGUCAAACUUUUGGUCAAGAGGAAAGAUUUUACAUAUCAUAAUCGCUGUACCUACGGAGAGAUACAUAUGGAACCUAUGAACAACAUGAGAUGGAUCAAAUCCCAUCAAGUUGUUAUCACAUUGACAUAUUGA